UUUUCAUCUAAAGUCCUCAAUAAGACGAUUUUACCCUCACCAUCCUGACGGCAGCUGCUUAAACUGGAAAGAAAACAAGCAAUUUGAUUACUCGUGUGAGCAAAGAACACCGAUCGGAGAAAUGGCGUCGGUGGUGCGGGGGAUUCUGAAAUCGAUCAAAGACAAAGGGAUCGGCACUUUCUGGAGAGAGCUCAAGGAAGAAGGCUACUUGAAAUGCUUAGCCGAUGGAAAUCUAUUGCAAACAAAGAUCCACAACAUUGGUGCGACACUAGUGGGUGUUGAUAAGUUUGGUAAUAAAUAUUACCAGAGGGUUGAUGAAGAGACUCAAUAUGGUAGGCACAGGUGGGUUGAAUAUGCAGAGAAGGGUCGAUAUAAUGCUUCUCAGGUGCCACCCGAAUGGCAUGGCUGGCUCCACCACAUAACUGAUCAUACAGGAGACGAGCUUCUGAUGCUGAAACCGAGCAGAUAUGGAAUUGAACACAAGGAAAACUUUUCUGGGGAAGGUGAAGAAUUUAUCUACCAUUCCAAGGGACAUGCUCUUAAUCCCGGACAGAGAGAUUGGACUCGAUACCAAUCAUGGCAACCAACCAAAUCAUAAGUAAUUUGUCUUUCAACAAUCCCUUUGUUCAAUUUGGAAAUCCUUGGGAUAUUGGUUUGUCUUUUUUCCUUUCUUCUGAAUAAGCGACUUGUUGUCUAUACAAGCUGUGAAUUAUUUUUCAUUAUGUUUUACUGCACAACCGAUAGAGGAAUUUUCAGCAUGGUACUGAUUUUUCAGGUUUUAACAAAUUCAUUGUUGUGCUAA